UUGCGGCGUUUUGAUCAAUUUCCAUCCUCUCUGAACUGGCGGAGUUUUUUUAGGUCACUUCAACAAGACUUUGACACUUGACACUUGACCACUGCCAGCACUGAAUCUGACAUAACAACCAAUCGUCCGGCUCUCCCACUCACUGCCUCUUGAUUUUUCUACAUCGGGGAAAGAAGAAAGAAAAUUUUCAUAUGAACAACAACAACAUAUCCAUCUUACUUAUACGCUCUCUAUGGAUACCUUACCAGUCGAGCUUCUGAGACUCAUAUUCUCUCACUGCGACUCCGAGUCAGUCAGAAACCUUCGAGAGGUCACUCGUAUGUUGGCAGAUGUAGGGUACGAGUACUUGUUGUCCCCCAACUUCACCGCUGUUAGCUGGAGGAACGAUAUCGAACGAUUACACUCCAUCGCCCUCCACGACCGAUUGAGAGGAAGUAUCACGUCCAUCUGCAUUUUUCUAGGGGAACUUUCUUAUUAUGACGCAUGGAGUACUUCAUGGUUUCAACAUUUUGUGACACCUCCGGAUCAACGCAAUGAGGUUAUGGGAUCGGCCAGGCAGGAGUUUGAGAGGAUCGAAAGGGGGCGCAAGUCCGUCGGUCCAUUGCAUCUAAGGCAGGAUGAUCUGCGAGAGGCAUGUUCUGCGUUACCAAAUCUUAAGAAUCUUGAGAUCACGUACACGCAAUGCCCUCUCAAUAACGGUCUGCUGAGAGAGGUUUUCGACUACCCUAGUUGCAGGAAAUUAGAUCGUCCUCAGACUUAUAGCAAUUUGGAUGCUAUCAUAUUCGCACUUCACGGCAUCCCCUUAUCCACUUUUAAGAUCGACAGGCUUCCUCUCGAGAUUUUCCGCUUGGCAGGUCAUCGCACGCAUUGGUACACCCAUGCCCAAUCUUUCGACAGCCUAGAUACCCUAAACCUCACUCUCGAUCCCUCGGGCUUGCAGGGACCCGGAUCCGCUUUCAGGGCCGUAAAUGGCCUCGGUCGCAUAUUGCAGCUGGCCAAGGGCUUGCGGAAGCUGAAGCUUGCUUUCCACCCCUACACCAGCGAGAACUCGAAGUUCACCCUAUCCUUCCGGGAAUUGUUUUGGGACUUCACGUUUAGGAACCUCACCGAUCUAACGCUGGAAGGCGUUUCCUGCGAGGAGGACGACCUCAAGGACUUUCUCGCGCGACAUGGCUCCACCCUUCUCCGUCUACGUCUCGGCGGUCGCGGGCUUGCCAAGCCGUUCGAAGUAUCGCUCGGAGGAAUCCACCUUUACGAAGGGACGUUCAAGUCGCUGUUCACAGGACUUCGGGGAAAGCUGCCUAAGCUAGAGCGCCUGCAUCUGGAAGGCAUAUUCGAGUGCGAACACCACGACCUACCAUCGCACGAGUCCUACAACUUCUACCCCUUGACUAACGAAGACUGGGAGGACGUCCCUCGUCCCAAAUGGGUACGAAGCUCGCGAAAGACGAUUAACUGUCUGCCUUUCGAGCAGUACGUCCUCGGCGGAGGGCCAUAUCCCGGAAACGAAAUGGCUCAACAUAGUUAUUAGAGCGCGCGACACAGGUGAAAUUUCCGUCACCGUCACUGUCACACUGUCACUAUCUUCGUUGUUAUAUCGUUAUGAGAAAUGUUUCUUGAUUCUAUUGUAUCAUCACCACGAAAGCUCUUACGUUACCAGGCGAACGGUCUGGUACUGGUAGCUGCGGCGGCGUCGAACGGGGUAUGAGAAUUUCCUACCUAUUUC